AUGGCUUGGCGCAGGGGACCCAAACAGCUCUUCUACACCUGGAAUUCCAAAUCGAAAUCACUCAUCGACCAUUCUUACAAGGAAAUAGGACAAGUGAAGAAUCUCAAAAAGGUACUGAACUUGACGAGCGUGGCCAAUUACAUCGGCGGACACCCGAAACGCAUAUUCUAUCUGGCCAAAGGCCAUUUGAGCGCCAGGGCCGACAGCGACACGCCCAACAUUGUAUGGGAGACGUCGACUUAUUAUUACGUCAACUCGGCUCCGCAAUGGCAGUCGAUCAAUCAGGGCAAUUGGUACCAGCUCGAAAAAGCUGUUCGGGAAUUCAGACAAACUCGUAUAAAGAAUACUUUGGUCAUCAUCACCGGAACUUAUGGAACGUUCACGUUGCCCGAUUUAAACAACAACCAACAGGAGAUCCACAUGAUCACCGAUCAAAACGGCAAAGGACAUGUACCGGUGCCAAAGUAUUUCUGGAAGAUAGUCUGGGACGAAAAAGGCGGCCAGGCGACGGCGUUCAUCGGAAUUAACAAUCCCUACUUGGGCAAAGUCGAUCCUGAAAUGAUUUUCUGUCAAGACGUGUGCGAUCGAAUGCCCUGGUUUAAAGAGACCACCGUCUACAGAAAUCGUCAUAUCAUUAUAAAGGGCUACCUAUUCUGUUGCGAGGUCAAACAUUUGCUUGCCAAAUUGAAUUACUCCAACGAUGUUUUUCUGUCAAAUCAAAAAUUGUUCAACUCGGGCCUUCUUUAG